CAGUCCUUUUUCUUCCCAUUAGCCUUCUUUCCUUUUACCAAUCGUUCGCGUAGCAGCCUUCCUUCACGUACAGCAAAGAGGAGCGUAGCAGCACUCCGACAAGCCGCACAAGAACUCCGGUGACUCUACCGUCUUUGGUGAACCUUGCAUCUCAACAACUCAACACGGACUCUCCAAAAUCUUCUGUAGGAUCUUGUCCAAGUCCACAAAUGAGUAAUUUACGGAAUACGCAUGACGAAGAUGCAAAGUGGUUGGAUAGUACCUUGGUCGUUUUUCUUGAUAUUUUAUACGAUAGGAUCAAACGGCACCCUAAUGGACAGCCUGUUUUUAAGUCCUCUUCCUGGAAUGAAAUGAGUCAAGAACUUAAAGAGAAAACAGGAUGUGCUUAUACUGGUGGUCAGUUGUGUGGAAAGUAUAACAGAUGCAAGGAUUUACACAAGCGGUUCUUAGAGGUGUUAAACCACACUGGGGUAACAUUCAAUGCUGAAACAAAUAAGGCUAUAGCAGAUGAUGAAGUUUGGGAGAGUUUCUUCAAGAAAAACAAGAUAUUCAGAACUCUAUACAAACAAGGUUGCAAACAUUAUGAGAUGUAUUGUCUUAUUUUUGGCAACAACUAUGCUACUGGAGGCCUUGCGAACCCUUCAACGCAACAACCAGUGAACUCCAAUGAAGAAAGGCAAAAUGAAGAUAACUUUAUAAUGACUGAUACAGACAACUUACCUAGAAGUUGUGGGAAUAGUUCUAAGGGCAAACGAAGUGCAGAUGAGAUGACUGGUAGUGGUAAAAUGAGUGUUAACAAGAAUUGGAGAAAUGAACUUGCUUCUGCAUUUGUGUCGUACAACAGUAUAAUGUCUGAAGAUUUACAUGACAGGAGAGAGGAGCGAAAGGAAAAGAAACUUAGGCAACAACAUAGGCAACACCGAGAAGAAUCUGCGAGUGAAAUGAGUACGGGAAUGACCCAUGUUGAUAGUAUGACGAGAAGUGUGCAAAUUCUAAACACAUUCUCAACUCUUAGCUCAGAAGCUUAUAAUCAUGCUUUUGAAAAACUUGCCACGUCUGAAGCUCACCGAAAUGGUUUUAUUGCAAUGCCCGAAGAUAGACGAUUGGCUUGGUUGCUUUCCCUCUAAUCAAUAUUGUAUUA